GAGGUAAUGUGAAAUGGUUAAAUGUUUUGACUCGCAGUUACGCAUUGUUCUGUCACAUACUUGAAUGAAAGAGAAAAGGACGCACCGCUUCCUCUGACUGAGCGCAACUUCUGCUACUGACUUUUCACUGCAAUCCACAAGUGUUCCAUCUGUUAACCAGCUUGAAACAUCUCGGCUACAACUGUGACUCAAGCCAUGGACGAAGACAGCAGCGUUUUCCCAGAGUUGAAGGAUUUGGAGACAAAGUUGGGAAGAAAAGUGCCGGAUAGUCUUGUGCGUUCUCUUGUUGGAGGAAAACAGCACGAGAAGGCACAGCGUUCAGCCAAGUUCUGUGCCAAAUCUGCGGACUUUAAACGCCUGGAAAGCAAGAUGUUGCUCCUAAAACAAGAAAUGGCGAACUUACGAGCCAUUGACGUCAAGGUGAUGCAGCAGCUCAUGACCAUCAACGAGGGCAUCGAGUCGAUCCGCUGGAUGAUGGAGGACAAGGGGGGCACUGCCAGUCAAGACGGCAGCCUGUCCGGGAGCCUGUACAGUCUAUCUGACAGUCAGGACGGCAGCUCGUUCAGGGGGAGCAUGAAUAGCUUAAAUGAUGCUAACAGUGACAAUUUGGAUGGGCUCUCGGUGGGCUCGUACUUGGACACUUUGGAGGACAUCCCUGACGACCCCUCGCCCACGGACCUCAGCUCGUACAUGGAGAAAACUGUGAUCAAUGGAGACGCCUUCAGUAAAUCGCCGCUAAAGCUCAGGGUGGAGGCGGAUGAGUACUACUGUUUUGGAUAGUGGGCACCCAGGAUGGACGCUUUUGAGUUUGUUUGGUGUCACAGUUUUCAAGUUGUUGUAAAAACUUUAACCAUGAGGGUAGGGCUGUACAAUAUUGGCAUUAGCUAAUAUCUUGAUGACAUUUUGGCAGUAACUAUAAGGGAUGUGAAGAGGCUGUUUGUGUAGAUACUCUUAAGCUAACAAGAGAUUACUAAACAAGAGGGAUGCAGUUUCUUCGGAAUAAUAAAUCAAUAACUAAAGGUUGGUUAAAAUUGAGUAUACAUUUCAGUCAUAUGCACAGCUAAACAGAACCAUUUUAAGCCUGCAUUUAAAUAUUGUCAAAGUAGAGGCCUGUCUCACAUCUUCAGGAAGACUGUUCCAGGUUUUAGCUGCAUAAAAUUGAAACGCUGGUUCUCCAUGUUUAGUCGUGACUCUGGGCACCAGCAGGAGGCAGGUCCCUGAAGUCCUCAGAGUGUGAGAUGGUUCAUACGGUACUAACAUGUGGGAGAUGUUAGAUGUUACUUUGGUGUUAGGCCAUGGAGAGACUUGUACACAAUCAGAGCGGCUUUAAAGUCUAUUCUCUGAUUCACAGGAGCCAGUGCAGAGACCUGCGCACAGGACACAUGUGUGAAGUCCUUCCUGGUUCUAGUCAGGACCCGAGCAGCAGUGUUCUGGAUGUACUGCAGCUGUCUUAACGCUCAUGUGGAGAGGCCAGUGAGCAGGCCGUUACAGUAGUCUAACCUACUGGAGACAAAUGCAUGGAUAAGUCUCUAUAAGUCUGGUUUAGACAGUAUACCUAUUAAUUUUGCAAUGUUUUUUAUAUAGUUAAAUAUAAAAACACACAAUCACAAUCAUCAAAAGUCCAUAUUGUACAGCCUUACUGAAACCACUAUUACUUUAAGAACACAGUCCCUCCUACGUCACAUUCACUUUUGUCACACCAAAGAAAAGUCCAUGUCCGUGUUCAUGUUUUUAUUUUUGUUCAUGCUGAUAAUGAAACCAAAACUGGUACUUUUUAAGCAUUGUAUUUAUUUUUGAAGUAACUGCCUGGACAUUGUUGUACUGCUUAGAAGCCUCAGCACAGUGGAAACUUCAGUCUGAACUUUAGCAGAGGCUGAACCACAAUGGGCUGAUCUAAGAGAGCAGAGUAUCUGCCAUUCGGAAAAGUAGACAUUUUCUGCGCUGAGUGAUUCAAGGUUACACUGUUUGAAGUGGCCAAGCGGUUGUUUUUACUGUUACAGCAAGUGCAAUUUCCCAUAUGCCAAAUUUUGCUACUGCUACCAGCUACUGUACAGUAUGUUUGUCAUUAUUUUUAUUGACUGAAGCUAAGCCGUCUUUAGCAUAGUCUUAAUUCAAGAGAUUAGCUACACGCUGGUACUCAGAGAUGGUUGACUGAAUUCAUUUGAUGGUCUUAAGGAUAAAUAAUAUAAAACAGAUGGUUGACUAUGGACAUAUGGACGCGUAUGCAAAUGGGCAUAUUAAAGCUAAAACGUUCUAUUGUCAACGGCUUUAAACAGUGACUUUCUAUGAUUUACGUUUGUAUUGUUGAUAUUUUGUGAAGUUUUGUGAAAAUGAAAAUAAUAUAUGGAAAUUGUAUAUCUUUUGUCAUUUUUUAGAUACAAUUCAAUCUCACAAGAUCAGUUUAAAGACAUUAUUCCAUUAUAGUCGCAAACAAGACUAAAAAAACUCACUC